GCCGCUGUGGCGUCCGACCUCACUUGCGCCCAAGAUGGCAGCCACGGCGCUGCUUCGGGGCGCGGCUGUGGGGCGCGGCAACUCGGCUUGGCGCUGGCGGCCGAGCGGGAUCCCGAGACGCAGCCUGGCCCGUGGCUCCGGCCUUCUGGGCAGCAACCCUGCGGAUGGCGUGGCCUGGACUUGCUUCCGGCUGGACUCGCGAGCCUUAGUGCGCGUGCGCGGCCCGGAUGCUGCACCGUUCCUGUCGGGACUGUUGACCAAUGAGCUGCCGAUUUCGGGACCUCCGACCGGCGAGGCUCAGCCCUCUGCGCCUGCGGCAUAUGCCCACUUCCUGAAUGUGCAGGGACGCACUCUGUAUGACGUCAUCUUAUAUGGAUUCCCCGAGUGCACCGAAGAGGCACCAGGCUUUCUCCUGGAGUGUGACAGCUCUGUGCUGGGUGCCUUACAGAAGCACCUCACCAUGUACAAGAUCCGGCGGAAGGUCACCGUGGAGCCACAUCCGGAGCUCCACGUGUGGGCUGUGCUACCCCGCACCCCCCAGAACCCUGGGCUUGCACCACUAGAAGAGAGGGUGGAAGCUGUCACUGUCCUUACCCGUGACCCUCGGACUAUACGUAUGGGGUGGCGGCUUCUCACUCGGCAGGAUGGCCCAGCUCUGGUGCCCAGGGGACAGCUUGGGGAUCUCCAAGAUUAUCACACACACCGAUACCAGCAAGGCAUCCCUGAGGGGGUCUGUGACCUGCCCCCAGGGAUGGCCCUACCCCUGGAGUCCAACCUGGUCUUCAUGAAUGGCGUGAGCUUCACCAAGGGCUGCUACAUUGGACAGGAGCUGACGGCCCGCACCCACCACACAGGUGUCAUUCGCAAACGCCUCUUCCCUGUGAGGCUCGAAGGCUCCCUGCCUGCCAGUGGCAUCAGCCCUGGCACUUUGGUGAUGGUGACUGCAACAGGCCAGGCAGCGGGCAAGUUCAGGGCCGGCCAGGGACAUGUGGGACUGGCUUUGCUGCGGUCAGAGACAAUCAAGGGUCCUCUCCACAUCAACACCUCCGAGAGCCAACAGGUGGCUGUGACUGCCUUGGUGCCGGACUGGUGGCCCACGGCUGCCAAGUAGCUGGAUGCCCUGGAGCUCCAGUGGCCUUAGAGUUACCAGGUGCCUCUGAGUCUCUGCCCAAGGCCUUCUGCUCUGUAUGCUGCGCCCUGUUGGGCUUGAGUUUCCCCUCCCGUGGUGGCCUCCUGGAAUACUCUGACUGGGAAAGUUCCAUGUGUUCCAGGCUACAGACCGGGUGAUGGAAGCUUCUUGCAAAGGGUCCUACCCUUGCGGGCUGUCCUCUCCCAAGAAAGUCGGUGCCUAGGGACAGAGUAACCACCCUGAUGCUGGGAGCCAGAAAGAUCUGUGCUCUCAUUUGGACCAGAUUCUGAAUGAGAUUUGAUAAAGUCCAUGGGCCGAGGAGAGGAUGAGGCCUGUGUCCAGUGCCAGGUCCCUAGCCUUGUUUUCCCUUGAGGAAGGUACUCUGUGUGCCUGCCAAGUUGCUGGGCCAGGCCUUGUGUUCUUUUGCAGCUCAUCUCAGGGCAUGGAGUGUAUAGGUUGUGUGCAGGGUGGGGGAGGUCGGAUCCCUUGGACUGGGGCACCUGCCCUGUGAGCCACAGGGACUGCAUGUCCACUGUCUCAAGGGCUCUUGUCACUCCUCAGAGUGAGCUGCUGGCUUUCCAU